UGAACAACGUCAAAUAUUUGCGCAUGUGCAAAAUUUAGAUGAUGUGUUGAGAAAGUUCACUUUGUUGUGAAAAAAUCUUCUUGAAGUGGCGCUGUUAGAUCCGAGAUCAUUCGCGGAUUUCAAACUAAGCUUUAAUUUAGAUGGGGUUGAGUAUUAUCAAAUAAUAUUAUUACAUAAUUAAAAAAAUCAUGAGAAUACCUGUUUUAGGUAAAAUGAUUAUCUAUACUGUUUACUGCUGAAUAUGAUCGUCUCACAUACAAAAUAUUUUGAUGUGAAGUUUAAUCCUUAAAUCUGACUUUCUAUCGAGAUAAAAUUCUUUUGCUACCUAAUCUUGUUAUUUUAUUUAAAAUAGGAAAUAAAAAUUUCUGCUUUGUUAAAUAAUGAUACAAACGUUGUUGACAAGUUUGUAAAUAUUACGAUUCAAUGAAGUGAAGAGUAUCAUCAUCGAAAUGUGCAUCAUCAUGUCAUGUUAAGACAUAGAUGGAAAAAACUCGUUUGAGGAUGAAUAACAAAAAUAUUCAUGUAUUAAUCCUAAAUGAAUACAUUUUUAUACAUGCAGUACAAAUUAUUGUGAACAAAAAUGUUAGAUCAAACAGUGAACAAAGUUACAAAUUUAAAAGUAGCAAACCAAGCUGAAAUUUUGAGAGCUCAUCAAAGAGAUGAAGAGUACAUAAGAGAAAUAGAAAAAAAAUUAACAAUUAUUCUACAUAAUUUUAAAAAUUACAAACUCGUUUCAUCCAUUUUUCAAUUAAAUGUUCUUGCUCAAGUACUGUAUUUCUUAUUCACAACUGGUUUGGGUAAUCAGACUUUGGGUGAAGAAUACACUGGAAUCGUACAAGCUAACAUAAAAAUUAGGAAAGCCCCUUCAUUAACUGCUCGAGUUGUUGGGCUUGUACUAGAAUUAUUUGGAGAACGAAUGUUAAUUAAUAUCUUAGAAGUAAUACAGAAACAUGUUAAUAAACCUGACUCCGAAUUACGACCUGAAGCAGUGACACUUUUAAAUAAAAUAUUUAACAAAUUGAAAGUUUUCAUUCCAAUAUCCAUUUUUAUACACAAAUCAUUGUUUUACUUCAGUGGUCGUUAUUAUAGCUUCGGUCGACGUCUAACUGGAAUAGAUUAUGCAAAGGUUUAUGGAAAGAGACCAACAAAUACUGUAAGUUGGAGUUUGAGAUUUCUUGGUAUAAUCACUAUCGUUCAAUGUUUCCUGCGAAUUUGGCAAGGAGAAACUCAUGUUGAAAGUGAAGAGAAGUUGAUACAAUUAGACAAUAAUGAAGGAAUUAAAUGCCAGUUAUGCUUUGAAAUAAAACCAACCACAGUGACUCCUUGUGGUCAUUUGUUUUGUUGGUCUUGUAUUGCAGAUUGGGUUCGCGUACGAUCCCAAUGUCCCUUAUGUCGUGAACAUGUUACAUCAUCACGAAUUGUAUAUUUGAUGAAUUUAUAAUGAAGAUGAUUAAGUAUAAUAAUUUAUCAAUAAACAAGCUAUACAGAUUAAUGUAAAUAAUAAUUAUACCAUAUGUAAAAAAAUACCAAGUUUAUUAUGUCACUUUCAUAUACAUUAUUUUCAGAGUACGUCA